CAGAGAAAACGUUUUUUACUACAUAUUUGUGCAAUAUUCACAGAAAAGUAAAGUAACUUUACUUUAAACAAUCUGAGACGCUCUAACUUGAAUAACAGUUUGGUGAAAUCUUCCAUCCUGUCACAUCCACCUCGGCCAUUAGUUCAGUGUGAUAGAGUUGUACUUUGUGUACUUUGACACAAUUAAUUAUUUGACACAACAAAUAAAAUCUGUUUUGGUAAGAACAAUAUCUAACUGAGAGUGUAGAGACAAAAAAAUGGACAAAAAAGACCGUGUCCGUGUCCAUGAAAUGACUCUUCAGUGAUUCAAAGUGAUAAAUGGUGCCGAGAAACAGGACAUAAAUAAACUCCUGGGGACGGGCUGUUAGUCCGGCCAGAUACUGGGCGGUGUUUGGUUGUAAUGUAGGGGCCGGACCGCUGACUCCGCCUCCGGUCUACUGUCUCCGUGCGUGUUGGCGACUCUGAGCUGUUGCGCGUCUGACAACCGAGCCGUGCAGAAACAGCACCAACACCGGAGCGCGGAGGAGAGAGAGACAGAGAGAGUGCGAGAGAGAGAUAGAGGGCGGGAGACAGAGGGAUUUCUGCGGGGAUUUGAACGAAAGGGAGUCUGGAUCAAGAGAGGAUUCACAAAGAGCCAUGGCUACUGAGACGAAGUCUUGUACGGGCUCCACUUUACUGCAGCCCAUCAGCGAGAUGGUCGACCUUCCCUUAGACCAGGUGAACUUUGUGGUGUGCCAGCUUUUUGCCCUGCUCACAGCCUGCUGGUUCCGACUCUAUCUGCACCCCAGCAAGACCAGUCCCUUUAUCCGCCAUGUGGUGGCCACACUCUUGGGCUUCUACCUGGCCCUCUUCUGCUUUGGCUGGUAUUCCUUACACUUCCUGGUUCAGAGUGGACUCACUUACGGCAUCAUGAUCUUCACUGGGGUGGAGCACAUGCACAGAUACUGCUUUGUGGUUGCCCUGGGUUACCUCACACUUUGCCAGAUCACCAGAGUCUAUGUUUUCGACUAUGGAAUGUACUCGGCAGACUUCACUGGACCUAUGAUGGUUAUUACACAGAAGAUCACCAGCCUGGCGUUUGAGAUUCAUGACGGUUUAACCAAGAAAGAGGAACUUCUCAAGCCCAGUCAAAAGUAUCUCGCUGUAAGCAAGAUGCCCAGUCUGCUGGAGUAUUUGAGUUAUAACUGUAACUUCAUGGGCAUCCUGGCAGGACCCACAUGUUCGUACAACGACUACAUAGCCUUCAUUGAGGGUACGUGCUAUCAGCGCAAACACCUGGAGUCCAAUGGCAAGGAGAAUGGCAAAUGCAAGCAGAGUGACCCCUCGCCUAAGAGGGAUGUAAUCUUGAAGCUGGGCACCUGCGCUCUGUGUUUGCUGGUCUACCUGACCUUCUACAGGGUGUGCCCCGUGGAACGGGUCAUUGAUGACCCCUACUUCACCUCGCAGCCCUUCUUCCUGCGGGUCCUCUACCUCUACCUAUCCAUGCUCAGCCUGCGGCCAAAGUACUACUUUGUGUGGACGCUUGCUGAUGCUAUUCACAAUGCUGCUGGUUUUGGCUUCAGUGGUUACAGCAAAGACGGCACUCCACAAUGGGACUUGAUAUCAAACUUGAGAAUACUGAACAUUGAGUUUGCAACUAGCUUCAAGACGUUCCUUGACAACUGGAACAUUCAGACAGCACUUUGGCUGAAAAGGGUGUGUUACGAACGUUGUCCGUAUCAUCCAACAGCAGCCACCUUCCUGCUCUCUGCCGUGUGGCACGGAGUGUACCCAGGAUACUACUUCACCUUCGUCACAGGCAUUGGCGUGACGCUGGCAGCCAGAGCAGUGAGACACAACAUGAGGCAGCACUUCCUGGGCUCCUCUACGCUCAAGCUCUUCUAUGAUGUGAUUACGUGGGCCAGCACGCAGAUCGCUAUAUGCUACACAGUAGUGCCAUUCGUGGUGUUGGCCGUGGGACCUUCACUGAGGUUCUACUGGUCAUGUUACUUCUAUCUUCACCUUGCUUGUGUGCUGCUGGUCCUGGCCCUCCCUGUGAAACGCAGAACCUCACGUGAGAGUGUUCAGGGGAAACAGAGUCCAUCUCGGUGCCAGCCAGCAGACCAGAACGUCCACUCGAGCACAGACAGCAACUGCAAUCAGAAAGAGAAGACCACAUGAGAUCCUGCGCCCCCUGUCCACCUCCCAUCCCGCACAGUGUGGUGUGGAGAACUUGCACACCAAGACUGAGAGCCAUAGCGGCCAUUUUUCUCCCUACGACCCAACCAGACAGGGAUGCUACUAAAACAUUGACCACGGGCAACAAAACAGGAGUGGCGCUGGAUCUUGACCGGUUCGGGGGCAUUAAUUGGUGGAAAUGAUUUGCUAAUGGGAGGAAGCGAUCAGGGAGUAAUGGAGCUUAAUGAAUACAAACAAAUCUGAAGUUGCCUUAAAAACCCUCUAUCUACUAUCUGAUGCUCAGCGAACUGGCUUGGGAAAUUCAUUGAGGAAGGAGCAUUCGCGGCACUGAGGCCAGCUCACGCAAGUACUUAGGGGGUUUUUUGCCGUUGUCUGUUCAACAAUGUCCCCUUCGUUUGACAGAUUUUCUUCUCUAAGUAACAACUGGGGGGGUGAUAAAGACAUAGAAGUACAUUGUGUGAUGCCAAUCUCUCAUAGGCCUUAGGUGUCUGUGUCUAGCCAUUGUUUGGUCUUUUACAGUCUCUUCAUUUUUUUCUGUCUAAUCAAUUCAUAUCUGCUGCUGUAUUGGGGGUCGGCCUUUAUUUGGAACGAGGGUUUAAAGGAUUAUAUUCUUUUUAAAAAAAUGUUGUAAUUUUAUUUGUUGGUUAUGAUUGUUUUAAUUGUUGUAAUUCUGUUUGUUGGUUUGGAUUAAGGGCUUUCUGUUUGCAUUUUACCGUUGGUUUCCUCAGGGCUCACUGGAUUCAGUUCUGAAGCUUUUAAUAAGCGUCGCUAAUCACAGUCGUUAUCAGCUGACAUCUGGACCAUGUGAUAUCACGGCAUGUUUGUUACGUACAUGAAUGUUUUACAGUACAUCACGUUCAUGUAAACGCUGUAUAUCAGGAUUUGUAUUACAUUUUUUAUUGCCAUACAUUGAAGGAAAAGACCGUUGUACCAUAGUUUACUGUUAAAACGAAUCCCUGUCAUAAGAAAUCUCAUAUCUCUAAAAUAGUAACUUUACAAGAAAAUGACAAAUUUAACCUUUAAUAGCAUAAGAUAUUACUCCAAAAAGUUUUGGAGCAUCUCCAUUGGCCCUUUCAUGGUGAAAUGGGAAUAAAUAAAUGAAUAAAUUAAUGAAUAGAUAAGAGUUACAUGGUUUUGAUAUGACAGCGAUGCUAUGUUUCUUUUUAUAGUAGGAGAUUUUACACUGGCCAUCAACUUGACCACAUCAUAAGAUAUUUACUGUAGUUCAGUAUUUAGAUUCAUUAUCGUUUCAGAAGAUAUUCUGGAUUGUGAAGGGUUUUCUGUGAUUUGGGCCCUUAGGAAACCUCCAAAGAGUCUUCUACUUUUCAGUCAUAAAUGACUUUUAACCAAAACAAAGUACAGUAUUUUAGUAGUUGAGAAAAAGUUGAUGUACUCUUGGUAAGAAAUUAAGACUUGAGUAAAAGUACAAGUGUUCUAUCUAUAUUAUCUCUACUUAAGUACUUUUAAGUCGAGUUUAGUAAGUAUCCAAAGUAAAUGUACUGAACAACUUCAUGUCUGCAGCGACACAGGUCUCCUUAAUAGGCCUUUUACAUUAAUAUAUUAUACAAUAUCUUAUCUUUAAUAACUCCAAGUACUUUAUGUAUUGAGACUUGAGUGCAUUGACAAGCAAGUACUUUUGUAUUUUGGUCCCAUUUUAUUUGGAUAGUCCCCAAUAACUUAUCAAUAGAUUCUUAACAGGUUUUGGGUCGAGGUUAAGGUUAGGUUACAGUUAGGUCAAGGUUUAUUGUUAGGGAUAUUAAGGUGCAUUUAAUAAAUAAUUAAAUAUAAUGUAAGUUAAACUCAAGAUAAUCAUCUACAAAGCAUUUACAAUGGGCUGUCCAAAUAACAUGUGACCUGUAAUUUUACCCAAGUACUAUAAAUACUUAUACUUACUCAAGUAGUAUUUUACCAAGAGAACAUCUACUUUAACUGAAAUACUCAAGUAUUGUAGUUUUUUCCAUCACUACUUUUAACCAGGAGCAGAAGGGCCUUGCUCAUAUAUUCUACAGUGCAAACAUUUACCCUGAAAAUAACUUGAGAUGAGGUGAAAAGUUCUUCUCCGAGUGAUUCCUAGAUGCUUUUAAUAUGAGAUGUGGGAACAGUUCAGGAUUCUGAAGUCGGUGAUUGCAAAAGGGAUUUUGAUGGUGUGUUUAGUGAAAUACAAGCCAAGACCAUUUAUCAAAACAGCAGUCCAUGAGAAUGAGCAAGGCCCUUCUCUGUAAAGCUUCAAUAACACUGAAUGUUUUUGUUAUUGAGGGUAUGAUAGUGUUGAUACCCUCUCCCCUUUCUGAGAAAGAGCACUGGCCGAGCCUCCUACGGUUCCUCAAGCACACUUCAAUAAGGUCUUAUCUGGUGUUACAUGGUAAUAUAAAGAACACUAAAUACAGAGGACCAGAUUGAUUACUUUAUUAAAGGGGUCCAUGUGCAAAUGAGUCUGGUACGUGCAAAGCCAUGAGACUUAAUUAAUGUUUUGGAGCUAAAUUGUCAGUUAUAUUGCAUGUAUGGGUUCUCCUGAAGGUGUUUGUUUGCGCUAAUUGAUAAUUAUUAGCUGGUUUAAAGCCACAAUCAGGGAUUUAGAAAGCUUUGUAGUUUACUUCAAAUGUAUCAUGUUUAUAUUGUAUGAAGACUGGCAGUUAAGUUAAGGUCUUUUAUUUUUAAAAUGCAUGUAUUCUACCCCCAUUGAGAGCCAUGAAAGUGGAUCUUUGUUUCAUUGUUUACAAUUAAUGCAAAUAUGAAGAUGCUUUGUUUACUUAGAGCUUUUAACAUGUACGGAAUUGUCUGCGAUUUCAAGGAUGGCAGAAUUUCCCUCAAUCCUUCCUUCGAUGUUUCGGUGUCGUUUAGUGUCUGCGCUGCCUUUUUUCUUUUUCUUUUCUUUUUCUGUGUUUUAAAAUCCCUGAUUAUAGCUUUAAACUGAGCUUUUGCGCAGCGAGUAAAGGUUUAGGAAAUGUCAAAUUUAACCUUUAAUAGCAUAAGAUAUUACUCCAAAUUUAAUUAUGUUAAUUUUUAUUUUAUCUUUCACUGUUUUUUGUAGAAUUGUCUAACUGCCCAAAAGGCCAAAGGGAAAGAAACAAUAAGUCUGAGCAAGACAAGUGUUCCGACCACAUAACCAGCACAUCAAUGCAAAACUGCUUUGUAUGUCCAAAGUGCCAAAUUAUACGUGGCGCACGCGUCGUACGUUUAAGACCACGCACUCACGUCGUUUAUACAGGUGCGCGACAGGAUUUCGAAGUUUUGCACUAAAGAACUUAAGAAAAAAGUAUUUAUUUGGUCAUAAAAGAACGUUAUUUUUAACUCUAAGAAGUAUGAAUAUAUCCAAAACUAAAGGCAUGGAGAGCUUUUCUUCUCUCCCCUUUUGUAGGAAUGUGGUGGCUUAGUGCUAAAAUAUACAGACUGUCAGAACAAUGCAAGAGAAUGCAGUGGUGUGGGCUGUGUGCUCCUUAGAAACACAACUUUUCUCAAAUAUCCCUCUAAAUGUUACCAUUGAGUAUAGCACCUGGCAUCUCUGUGGUGGGAGAGAUGUAGGAUUUAUGGAAUAUUAAAGAUGCCGUUGCAUUGCUAUACCUUUUUUUUCCAAAUGCAAACCAUAACAUUGUUAGUGUACUUGCGUGUGAAUGUAUGAGAACACUUGUUUAGUGUAAAUAUCGUCCCGUUGUUUAAACUUUGUUUGUUGAAAGGAGCACUCGCAGCUUUUUGUCGGUCAGACUACAGUGGAUUUCCUCAGUUUUGUUGAGGUCCACGUUAUUAAUGUCAGAAAUGAAGAUCAGCCUUAUUCUGCUAUUGUAAUUCACUUACAGUCAUUGUUUGAUGGACUACUGUCAUGAAUGGAAGAAUGUGCUGCCAGUCUACUGUAAGUUCUUUUCUGGGCCUUUGCUCCAAACGCACUGUUUUGUUAGAUGUUCUUUUCCAUCGUUUUGUUUAUGGAUGUGAUGAUUUGUUCCUUAUUAUUUCGUCCUGCUAGCCUUCCAGGUAUUAUAUAAUUUCAACUCUGUCUGUUUUCCCUUUGUAGUUACUGUUGACUGGUUGUUUCAACUUUAUAACCCUUGUCAGCCUUUCGAAAGAGUAACACAGACUGGACUCUGCUGUGUAGGAGACAAACACUACAAGUUAAUGUAGAACUGAAGGCUGACCUUUGGCUGGUUAAAAAGGAGUAAAAAUGUCUGUGGGUGCAUCCAGUAUCCAAAAAAUUGAAACUAAGACCUGAAACACCAAAGGCCUGUUUUAAAGGAGUGGUUAACUGAAAAAAGUCAAAUUUGCUCAAUUUGUUCCUUACCCCAAAUGUAGUCAAGUGGCUGAGAUAUGUUUGGUGUCUGGAGUUUAUUAAGAUAGUUUUGAAAUGGGGCUAAAGAGAUUUGGGUGACAUAGACUUCUUUUACUGUUUAGCUACAUUAGCAUUGUUGCUUUAGUCCAAAACUAAACAAACAGCCAUUAGGUACAGAACAGUCUUGGCCGGUUGACCAUGUUUGGGAUAGAGGUAAAAUGAUGUAAAUUUGAUUUGUUUAGUGAACUAUUCCUUUAAUCUGUGCAGCCACUGAUGAUACUAAAAUUGCAAAAUACUACGCAUUUUAUUAUACAAUUUUAAUACACAAAUUGACUAAAUCUAACUGUUGCUCUGCAUAAUUUCCCCAACCUUAUAGUAUCACUCUAACUGUGUGAGUGGAUGAAGACCUGUUCCUGUGAUCGAAACUGUAAAUGGUUUCUUUUGCCCUGUCAAAGCCAUGGCUGGUCACUUGGGCUGGUACAUUGUUGCAGUCUGAGAUGCAGUACAAGAUUAGAUUUGCUGAUUCAAUACUAAGUGCUUCGACAUUGUACAAAGCCAAAAGAUUUCUUACGAUUCCUGUACUUGACGCUGUUAUUUUUCCACUAUCAUGAUAAUUGUGUCACAUGGAGAAUAAAUCCUGUUUGCCUUCCCGGGAUUCAUCUGUUGCCAGUUGUCUGUUUGCGUUCUCUAAGACAAACUUUUUUUUUGUUGUUUUUUAAAUAUAAAAUUUGGGAAUGGUUCUAAAAGAUCUUCUAAAAUAUUUUUUCAACACUGUGAUUUUACCUCAUUCAGAUAACAUUUAAAAACAAUUGUACCAUUAUUCUAAUGGGUGUUGGGGUGUUUUUGUCCAAGUGUUUUCAUCCUGGUUUUGUAUGUCUUUUUCUGUGUUUCACAGCAACCUACUGAUUAAACCAGCUAAUUAAAAUCAUUACCACACGUUU